UGCUGACCCGACAGCCUUCUCCGUGUCAUUAUGGAUUUUAAUGGACCAUGUCUUAUAGUCACCGCCCGGGCCGCAUCGACGGUGCGAAAAACAAAUCAUUGGGCUUAUUUCACUUUAUUAAAACACUCUACCGAACCGCCUUGGCCCAGUUCGGUUCCGGGUCCGCAGGUACUGCUGUGCAGUGUGUUAAACCGGUGAUGACCGUAAAGUCUUCUGGACUCGUUCAGACCCUGAUCUUGAAGCGUCCUCCGGUACAGCUCGUGCACAUGUCUGUCCGUUAGUCACGUGGACCAACACUGUUUAGGGAAGUGGGUCAGGAUAACAGCGGGUCGCACGGUCAGCUGGACCCACCAGGCUCCGUGUACGUGCGCUCACUUGUUCUGAAGCUGCGGCUUCACAUGGAUCCGCUACUGCAGCCAUGUGCGCUUUGUUUUCACAGCUCCGCGCGCUCCCAUUGGCUGCUGGACACACUGAGCUCAUUACGUAAUAUUCCUCCUCCUCUAGAGCAGGUGUUUCUGUUUCACAUUUUAGCCAGGACCACUAAUCCAUCAGAAAUCAGUCAGAUUCAGAAGCCGGAGUUUCCUGACAUAAUGAUGCGUUUACUGCCUCGGGGCUGUGUGGGUCAAAUAAAAGGGUGAUGGUGUCAGAGCUCAUUCAGACCCAACGGGUUGUUCCCGUUAGAACCAGUAAGGGACGGGAGGUGUGAUCUCCUACGUGGGCUCAUGUGGAGGUUCUCCAUCUAGAACCAGCCCAGUAUCCAUGUACAGUGAGAACUCCAACUCCCAGCCCUGCUUUGACUCCACUUCCUCAUCAGUGCUCCCCUUCCUCAGCGGCAGCAACUCCAGUUCAAGCUCUGCAGCAGACGACGGCUCCUCCUCUGCCUCAUCGUCAGCAGGAGGCUCACCUAGAGGCCGAGAUGACAACAGCUCCCAGAGAGCGUCUCCGAGCAAGUCGGUGUCCAAGCUGAAUGGCAUGGUGCUGCUAUGUAAGGUCUGUGGUGACGUGGCUUCAGGUUUCCACUACGGAGUUCACGCCUGUGAAGGCUGUAAGGGCUUCUUUCGGCGCAGCAUCCAGCAGAAUAUCCAGUAUAAGAAGUGUGUGAAGAAUGAGAGCUGCACCAUUAUGAGGAUCAGCAGGAACCGCUGCCAGCAGUGCCGCUUCAAGAAGUGCCUGUCUGUGGGCAUGAGUCGUGACGCCGUUCGAUUUGGUCGGAUCCCAAAGCGAGAGAAGCAAAGGAUGCUGGCUGAGAUGCAGAGUGCCAUGGACAACAUGGUGAACAACCAGCUGCAGAAUGACUUCCAGCACGCCAGCCUCUCCUCCUCUUCUUCCUCUCCAAGCCCAGGAGGGGUCUUCGCACCCCAGGAUACGCCCCUCCAACUCACUCCAACCGCUCCCUCCAUAGCUGCUCCAGCCUCCUCUUCCACUCCUCCUCUCCCUCCUUUAUCAUGUCAGAGCCCCUCCCCCUUUUCCUCCUCGCCAUCCCCCAGCCCUGAGAUGGACUCCACUAUUAGCACUAUUGCCCGCGCUCACCGUGAAACCUUCCUGUAUGCACACGACAAGCUGAACAAUCCAGAGUCUCAUCUUCAGCAGCAGAAUAACCACGCCCACCACUGUAAAGGGGAGGCGGACCUUAUUUCCAACCACUCCCCCAACAGUUACCAUUCCAACAACUGCAACAACCAGAACAACAACUCUGUUAGGGACUGUUACCUGUCAUUGGAUCACAAUGUCACCAACAACCAGCAUAACAAUGGGAGGUGGAGCCUAAAUAACUGUCAUCUGAAUGGAGGACGAGUCACCAAUCAUGUGACCCAGACACAGAACUGUCCAUCAGUGAGGAAUCGUCCCGGCAUUGUCCUGGCCUGUCCAAUGAACACGCAGCCUCACGCGGAUCCCUACAAGACUCCCCAGGAGAUCUGGGAGGACUUCUCUCUGUCCUUCACACCUGCCGUCAGGGAGGUGGUGGAGUUUGCCAAACAUAUUCCAGGAUUCAGCACGCUAACCCAGAAUGACCAGGUCACGCUGCUGAAGGCCGGCACCUUCGAGGUGCUGAUGGUGCGUUUCUCAUCACUGUUCAACGUGAAGGAUCAAACUGUGACCUUUGUCUCCGGUGCGACCUACAGUCUAGAGGAGCUGCGAAAGAUGGGGAUGAGCGAGCUGCUGGGAGCCAUGUUUGAUUUCAGCCAGAAGCUGCAUUCUCUGGAUCUGAACGCCGAGGAACUGGGACUGUUUACCGCCAUGGUGCUGGUGUCUGCAGACCGCUCCGGGAUUGAGAACGUGGCAUCUGUGGAGGAGCUGCAGGAGAACCUGAUCCGAGCGCUUCGGCGUCUGGUCAACAAGUCAACCGCUUCCACUGAUCCAGGCCAUCAGAAUCUGGACUCGCCGCGUUUCACCAGACUGCUCCUGAGGCUGCCCGACCUGCGCUCGCUCAACAACAUGCACUCUGAGAAGCUGCUGUCCUUCCGCAUCGAUGCCUGAACUUUACAUCACGUAUUUCCUGUCACCUCAAGGAGAUGUGAUGAAGUGGGGUCACAGCUUCUCCUCAAACAGCACGACGGAAAAGUCCCUCUAUGAUACCUGAACUCCAACAUUGAUUCAGAGUGACUUCCUGAGGAGAUUCCUGUGACAUCCUUUCAGAUUUGAUCUCCAGCAGCAUCCUGCCGACAUCAAACACAUUCAUAAGCUCCCCAAAGCAGGUAUCUUUGAUGUCGUUAACAUGACUGAACUCCGUGAGCAGCACUAGCAAACCAAGCUUCAGAGUUCCUCUCAUUUUACCCAUUUACACACAUAUAUGAGCACAUUUCAACCACGAGAGCGUAGAUGUCAUCAGCAGGGUUCGGGUCCGCUUUAGCUCUUUGGGCUUAUCUGCAAAUCUCAGUUUCUUCCAGUACAAAGUGCUCCAGGAAGAAGGUCCAGAUCUUCCCUGUAGACUCUGAGCGUUGUAUCUCCAUCAUGUCGACAUCAGAAGCUGAGCGGCUGUGACGGACAGCUUUAUGGACCAAUGAGGUGCCGAAGGAGGCAGGACUCGGAGAGAAACCUCCAGCUAAAGUUAUGCAGCAGAUCUUCUGUGUAAAAACUGUAAAUAAUUAAAUAUCCGUUCUAAAUAACCUCUAAAGUCUGAACAAAACAUGAUUCUAUACAGGUGUGUGUGUGUGCAACAGGUGUUCUUUUGGAUAAAAUCUGUAGUUUGUUUUAAAGUUAUUUUAUGUAAAUCUAUAAAUUCACACCGAAGAGACUCUGGUGUUGCUUUAAGUUUCAACACAAACUCACAUUAACUUCUUUACCUGAAAUAUAGCCAAGUUGUUUUCUCAGCACAGGCCUGCUGUUUUAUGUCAUAAACCACUUUUAUAUCAAAUGGAAACUUUUUAUGAUUUAGGAACACUCGGUGGUUUUUGAGGCGAAGCUAAAAGCUGAUUAGGAAGUCUUUAUGCUUGUGGUUCUACAGCUGCAGAAUUCAGCGGGUCAAACCAGAAAUGGGUCAACUUGCAGCCUUGUAAGCAACUUAUGUCUGCUCUGAUUGGUCAGCUGUCUCAGACCUCACACUGAACCAGCCAAUUAGAGGCUAGGAUACAGAGACGACUGCUUCGGUUUCAGGGUUAGAGUCCGGUCAGUAAACGAGUCCUUCCUCAACAUUUUGUGCUUUUUUAAACUCGGCUCCCCACAGAACUUCAUCACAAAUGAUGAAAAUGUUCACAAACGUGUGAACAGUCAGUGAAACAUUCAGAGUGAAUACCUGCAAGCUGUGUCAACUCAGCAGGUUUGGAGGAAGGCGUGAGCAGUGCAUGCUGGGAAUCCACGAACUCAACGUAAAUCCAUUUUAUAAACUUUUAUUAUGUCUUCGUUUUAAAUGAUUGCCAAAAUAACUAGCUUCAUGUUCCCACAAUAAAAGCAUAAAAACAUUUAUUUUUA